CAUACGAAUUCGUGGCUCCAAGUGCGUGCAAAUUGUCGGCAGCGAUCUGUGAUACACGUUUCUCGUUUCUUUUUCUUUUUUUUUUUUUUUCCAAUUUUUACGACGAAACAACACUUUAUCGGGGGUGUGAAGAAGUUUUUUCUCCUCGUUCGUGCCCGUUCCUGUUACAUUUCACGAUACUGGCUGCUACUGCUACUGUUGUUGUUGUUGUCGCCGCUGCUGCUUGCUGUCACAAGCGAAUAUUCGUAGAAAAAGCGGAGAGAAAAGAAAGAGAGGGAUAAAGAGCACCGCGUCAGCUACGAUUUUCUUCUGUCUCAUCGUCUGAUCCGCGAAAAAAAAUAAACAAAAGCACGGCAGGACACGGAACACGCACUUUGCAUCCACGACCAGAUCAUUGGAUUUGCCAUGAGAACGUCUCUGUCGUAGGAACAGCGCGCCCGAGACACGUGAAAUCCCACGGUUGACAGUUACCGUGGCGCGUACAUCAGUGUAUCGUGAAUCGUUUCUUGCAACGUAUCACUACCACAUUCGACGUUGAUCGACCUUGUGCUGUUUAACUUUUGGCAAUCAUUUUUUAAGAAUUCGUACGCGAACGGUGUCUCACGGAUUCGGCAAGUUUUUCACUUCUUUCUCAUACGAGCGUUCUUUGUCUGUGUCAACGUUCAAACUAAAGUGUUUAUGACGUAUAUGGUCGCGAUUAAAUCGUUCACUAAUUAACACGCGUGAAUCAUUUUGAACGGUCUGAAAACCGAUUCGAAACGUUUUUUGGCACGAGCGAUAGGCUGGGCAGGGAAAAUUCGUUACGCCGCGCAUCGGUACAUGAAGACACGUGACAAGUGAAAAGUGAAUAACGUAACGGAUCGUUUCGACAGUGUGCGAUACUAUCGAUAUUUCAACGUCGAUUAUUCGUCGAUUGGUAAAAAAUAUACAUAUUCCGGUCGUAUGUAGCGUGACGCGAGUCAAUCGGAAAAGUAUAUCGGGGCAGAAUGGCGUGUUCGAAUGGAGAAAAGUAAACAAAAGUUAAACGCACUCGUGAAAGCAACGUCGGUCGAUCGUGUCACUGAUUAAAACCAGCAUUGACGUAAAGGAAGAUUCCCGUGGAAUUUCGUGGCCGGGACGCGAUUCGAGCAAAGUGUCGAAGAUCGGAGAGUGAAAGAUCGAGAAGUGCGUCGGCAAUAUGCAUUGUGAGACAGCGUAAACACUUCGUCAACGCAACAAUGAUGUAUUUUGCACCGACAGCCAGAGAAAUAUCAGCGGUGACAGUUUCCGAAAUGCUGGCAGUAUGUUAUAAGCUUUCUAACCUACCGAGCUACCUAACCUAUACUUGGCAGCGCAAUCAAGCACGCGACGAGUGAGUUUACUAUUGUUCGUUGCAAACAAGAAUGUUAUGUAUAAAAAAUGAAUCACGAACAACAUGCUGGAUCGAACGAGGAAAAGAACGCGAGGCGACCGUGAUUUGUCCGAAACGAGUCUCGAUUGGUGUUGAAGCGAAACGUGAGGCAAAGAGUGCGUGUUCCGUGAGCCGCCAACGGCGGGACGAAAAUAUCACACGUGCGUCGGAAGAGUAAGCCGAGAUUUUUGGAGGACGAUGCCAGUCAAGUGGGCGAUUGGUGAGCAUUGCUUUUUGGCAGGGUUGCGGGGUGCAGUUCAGACAUGGGAAGUGAGCAUUACUGCCUGAGGUGGAACAAUCAUCAGAGCAACUUGCUGGGUGUGUUCAGUCAACUGCUGGAGUCGGAGUCGCUGGUGGACGUGACACUGGCGUGCACGGAGGGACCUUCGAUACGUGCCCACAAGGUAGUCCUCUCCGCGUGCUCCAGCUACUUCCAGGCCCUGUUCCUCGACCACCCGAACCGCCACCCCAUAGUCAUCCUAAAGGACGUACGUUUCGCCGAGCUACGUACCCUCGUCGACUUCAUGUACAAGGGCGAGGUAAACGUCGAGUACUGCCAGCUAUCGGCCCUCCUCAAGACAGCGGAGAGCCUCAAGGUGAAGGGUCUAGCGGAUAUGACGAACAUCAACGCGGCGGUAGCUUCGAGGGACGAGCAGCAGCAGCAGCAGCAGCAGCAGCAACAGCAGCAACCGCAGCAACAACAGCAGCAGCAGCAACAACAACAACAGCAACAACAACAACAACAACAACACACGAGCACAUCCGAGGGUAUACAGCGCGAGACGUCGCGAGAACAUCACCGUGAACGCGAGAGCAUAAAGGAGGCGAGCAAUAAAGAGAGAGACAGGGAAGGAAACGCGUCGUCGUCCGGUGGCACGGGGUUGCCAUCGGGUGGUGGGGUGAAAGAAUGCGAGCAAAGUCAACAGAACGUGGCCCAAUUGCCCAGCAGCGAGUCGGCAGAGGCGGUGGACAUGACGGAUUGCCCGCCAUCGCCCACGGGGCCCGGUAGCCCUUGUCCAGGGCCGUUGGCCCUCGACCGGCCCAGGAGGGACUCCGAGGAUGCCGCCAGCCUCGAGGAAACGAGGGGUUCCCUUAGCCCGAUCUCGGUCCACAGUGGACCCUCGGACAUGAGUCUGAGUAAUAAUACCGGGAGCACGCCUGGCGUGCUACCGUUGAACUUACCGCAGAGCCGGCUUCCGUCCCCGCACAGUACAGAGCCUCUCGCGGGCCCGUCGGGGUUACCCCCAGUCCAGCAAGUUCCACUUUCGUUAAAAAAAGAGAUGGACUGGGAAAGGUCGACCGAAGAGCGCAGUGCGAGCAGCGAAAUAUCCACGGAUUACAGACUCCCGCCAGAUCCGGUGUCGCUGGCCCUCGGUUUGGAGGCGGGGGGUUGGGGCGCCCUCGUGGAACGCAGCACGGGGGGAGGCGGCGGAAGCGGUUCCAUCCUGGGUCACGGCGGUUUCGCUAGCCUCGCGGGUUUGGCGCGUCGAUGCGGCGUCUGCCUGGCCACGUUUCCUUCCGCCUGGUUGCUGGAACGGCACGCGUUGCUCCAGCACGCCGGCCAGGCGAGCGACGACAAGCCGUUCACCUGCGAGCAAUGCGGCCAACGCUACCGUUACCGUUCCGCCUACGUGAAGCAUCGGGAGCAGAAUCAUCGCGCCCGCCUCCCCGCAGACAAGCUGUUCACCUGCGACGUUUGCGGGAUGCAGUUCAGGUAUCUCAAGUCGUUCAAGAAGCACAGGCUGAACCACGCGUUGGAGCGGUUGCAACGCGGCCCGGAAUCCCAGAGCGGGACGAUCGGAUCAGCCGUGUCGGCCGCCGCCGAGAGGAGCGACCAGGUGUCGAGCACGGGUGAGCCGUCCCAGGUGGAGACGGGCAGCGACACGACCACCAAUCCGGGCGAGGAGGAGACGAGGGGGGCGUUCAACGAGAAUUCAACCCGGGAGGAGAGCGUGUCCGAGACGGCGAGCGUCCACGGGGAGAAUCCCGGGGAGGCAGGAGGAUUGGAGGCGCAGAUGGUCGGCGAGGCUGUGCCCGCGGGGGGGAUAGGGGGCUCUGCGGGCGGGGGGAGCACGAGCGAGGUCGGGGACGCGGACGACAACGCCGUGGACGACGACCAUCGGUCCGAGGUUGGCGGCGAUCGGGUGAUCAGCUUGGCGCGCAGCAGCCACGAGGUGGACAGGCGCGAGCGCCGCUUCGCCUGCCCCUUCUGCGGUAAGUGCGUCCGCUCCAAGGAGAAUCUGAAGCUGCACGUGCGCAAGCACACCGGUGAACGGCCGUUCGUCUGCCUGUUCUGCGGCCGUGCUUUCGGCGGGAAGAGCGACCUGACCAGGCACCUCCGCAUACACACGGGGGAGAGGCCGUACCACUGCGAGAUGUGCGGCAAAUGCUUCGCGAGGGCGGAUUACCUCUCCAAACAUCUCACCACCCAUAUACACCAGCGUUAACCUGAUCGCCGACCGGCCGCGUUGUAUUACGUUGUGUAACGUCGAUUCGGUAUUCGGGUUUGCCGGUUGCGCGCCUUUCCCGAGCGAAACGGGGCUUGUUCCAGAUCGGCGAAAUUUUUUUACCAAUUUUCGAAUCGAGCAAAAGCAACGAGAAGGAUACACAAGGAGAAUUUUCAUUGUUACACGGAGAGAUACGAGUUAGAGUCGGAGAGUAAGUUUUAGUUUCGGCUAGCGUUGGCGCGCGCUUCAGGGACCGAUGGCGGGUCACUCGUAUACAACGACUACUUUAGAGAUAAUUAUUUUCCCCGCUGUGCUCGCGUUACAGUUGCGUAUCGUUAGAUGGAACACACCUUUUUCGCCUCGGAGUUAAUCGAAUAGAUAGUAGAUAGAUAGAGAACGAGGAAAGAUUUUAUUUCGAUCGAUCGAAGAUAAGAUCGGUAAGAAAAUGUAAAAGGCGCGCACAGGCAGACGGAGAGAAGAAAGGUGUAGAUGUAUGAUAUUCGUUAUGUUCGUCCACGCGAAAUGGCCGUUCUUCUCCUAGGAGAAUCGAAUCGGAGAGAUUCCUUUGGAAAUUCCUUGAUAGGAAGAUCGGUAUAUUUUUAAGAUCCAUCUUUCGAUUGUUCCACGAGUUCUUUUCGGGGGAAGGAAGACGAAGGAAGGAAGGAAGGAAGAGGAGAACCGCUUAUCCAUCCGGUAAGCCACCGAGUAAGACGAGUCAAUUAAAGAAGAAAAAGAAAGAAAAAAGAAAGGAAGGGCGAAACGAGGCAAGAAAUGAAGAGAUCGUCGGCCGAACUUACGGCGUAAACGAAUAUUAAUAAUUGAACGAAGAAAGAAGAAGGAAUAGAGGGAGGGGGAGGAAGAGAGUUGUUCGGAGAGGAGGAGUUUCUACGUUAACGUUAGUGAGACUAACAUGUGAUAAUGGAUUCGAUACCAAAGAACGCGACGACGCGACGGACGAACGUCGACGGCUCGUUUUUGUUUCGUCUUCUUCGUCUUCGUGCACCAUCGACGAGCAGAAUCUACUCGCCGCUAGUAAUAGCUGUCAGCGUAAUCGAUGAGAUUUUUAUACAGUGCACGCGAUAACGAUCAUUCUUCCGUAUGCCGCCCGGUCUUGGCGUCUCACCCCACUUGGACGAGAGGUCUCUCGUCGGAAUGGAAAUUCAGCCCGUCAUAUUGAUUCUCGUCCCGAGAAAAAUAACGCUUCCCCUAAUUACACCUCGGCAAACUUUACAUUUUACUGAUUUUUAAUUAUUAAGAAACAAAAUCGGCACUCUCGAAGAAAGAAACCUUCGAAAUUUUUAUCGAAAUUCUAGAAGAAUUUUGAAAAUGAAUAAAUUGUUGCUUGAAAUUCAAUCAGAGAGACAGCUCCGAUCAUCGAGAAGGAAAGAAACACGGCGAUGAGACUUCUCGUCGAAGGGAGGCGGGGGGGAGGCGAGGUUGGCAUCGAGCGAAGGAUAGGCGCGAAUCACGCCAGGCCUUCCCGGAAGCUUGGUUGCCGGUGCCUUGGAAAGCCAGCCGUGUAUCCUUUUUAAAAGAAACCCUAGCGACCUAGCAAUAAAGCGCGCAGCCGUUUUCCGUUCGCAGCCGUCAUCACGCAAGAAUAACGUAACGCAAAAAAAAGAAGAAAAAAAGAAAAGGGGAAAAAACCGCGAGGCUUGGACGUGUUGUUUGUCACGAUGAUCCUUCCCAACCCUCUUAACCGACCCCCUUCAAACUUCUUUAGCCAAUAUUAGUCCCACACAGUUUUUGCUGUCUGCAUAUGUAUAUAUAUAUGAUACAUGUGUAUACAUAUACAUAUAUAUAUAUAUAUAUACAUAUAUAUAUAUAUAUAUAUAUAUAUAUAUAUAUAUAUAUAUAUAUCUAAAUCGAUAUAGAUCCGAUCCAUUGAGAUGAGAAAGAGGGGAGGGGUGGGGGAAAAAAAGAAAAAAGUAAAAAUCUUAAUGCUCUAGAACGAGAGUGCCGGCUCAUUCUCCCGGGACCCUGGUCUCGCAAGAGGGCGCAAAUCCUCGCCUCUCUCGUUUCCGAUAAUUGCAGGCAACGGCCGUGGCGUUAAGGCGUGCCACGUUCCAGCGAACCGAUACAAGGAAUAAGGGACGGAGGAAUAAUCUCUCGCUAAUAAUAAUAAUAAUAAUAAUAAUAAUAAUAAUAGUAAUAAUAAUAAUAAUAAUAAUAAUAGUAAUAAUAAUAAUAAUAAUAAUAAUAGUAAUAAUAAUAAUAAUAAUAAUAAACUUAUUAUUGCCGUUCGUUCCGAUUAUUCUCCCGCAUCCGGGCGGAUGUGUGUGCGGUUUCACGAAUCUGUGCCGAUCGGCCGACAUCUUCCGUCCGGUUUCCCUGGCCGGGCAGGGCGACCGAGCAGAGUUAUUUAACUUAUCGAAUCGGGCCGCGCUUAACUCAAGUCCGGGGGGGGGGGGGGAUGAUAUAAAUAUAUAUAUAUAUACGGAGACGAUUGCUUCGACGAUUGGAGCUGGAUUGGAUCGGCCUCCAUCGCGAUGUUGGUUGGGGAACGUCGAGUCGAUCACCCGGGCGGGGAGGGAGGGGAUUUGUUUAAUUAUUCGGCGCGUUAUUCCGUCUUCUAAAAAUAGACAUUAAAUUAAGGAUAAGUAAUGAGAUCUGAUAUAAUACAGUGAUCGUUGUUGCAAACGUGCCGUCCCAGUGCCAAAGUCUCGUUUACUUUUCGUGAAAGUUUAUCGCAUAGCUUUUGCGCCGAUCUUUCCGUCCGUCCGUCUGUCCGGGGUGAUCGAUGGAUCUGUUUAGAGAUUGGAGGAAAUUUGGAGAUUGGAAAAAAGAAAGAAUAGGAAAGGAAAGGAAAAGGAAAGAGAAAACGAAAGGAAACGAGAAGAUCGAUUCGAUCUAUUCGCGAACAAUUUAUUCCGACUUUUUUUUUUUUUUCUUCUUCUUCUUCUCGACGAAGCGGGGACAACGCGUUGCGACGUUUCUCCUUGUCCAUUUCGGAUCGCGUGGGGUAUAUAUAUAUAACUGUGAAGGAUUCGUAAACAGAAGGUUCUCGUAUAUUUUAUUCUUGUACACAACUUGCCUCGUUUUAGCGAACGCUGUGAUUUCGUGAUCGUUGCUCAAACCUGAAACCGAGAGCGGGCCAUCUCUCUGGGAGAUUUGUUCACGCUUUGCGUCCGAUCGUGGUAAUUUUUAAAGGGUGGAUAUUAUAUUAUUUCUGAAUUAUAACGUCUAUAUAUGUAUAUAUAUAUAUCGUGUGUGUGUAUAUUUUUCGAAUUAUUAAGCAACAACAGAUCGCUUGGACGCUUCUCAUUCUAUGAAUAAAUAAUCAACGGGAUAAAUCGAUAAAUCUUCACUCUUUUUACAAGCUUCCAAUUUUACGAUAUUUCUAUUAAAUCUAUUAAACGUGCGAUUUUACUGUUAGAUAGAAUGUAUAUCCUGUAACUAUAAGUGAAAAAGAUUACUUACUUUAUAAUUCAGAAAUAACGAUACACUUUUUUCGUUCGGUUGUCGGAUUUAAAAGUUUCUUAUAAUUUUAAACCAAACUAUUAAACUUUACUGAAACUGAUGUCGACGCUUGAUAUAUAUUAUAUUUCUUAAAAAAAAAAGAAAGAAAGAAAGAAAGAAAGAAAAUUGUACAAUUAAAAAUUUUCCAUCGUCGAACGCAAAAACCGAAACGAUCCCAGAUCGACCGCGGUUUCGUACCAAGUUCAAGUCGAUCUUUCACCCAUCCAAUGGAAUUCCACGCAGAAUUUUUCGUAAAAUCAUCCGAGGACGAUUGAUAAUUGUCGCAAGAUUUCAUUUCGCGCCCGCGAAAAAAAAGAAAGAAAGAAAAAAAGAAGAAGAAAGGCGGCCGAAAACCGGUUAAAUCGAGGAAAGUCGACGAACGAUGAACGAGGAAACGGCACGACGCGACGCGAAAGAAACAAAGAAACAAAGGAAAGCGUGUUUCGACCCUUGCGAGGCCAGUUUUCCCUUCCGUUAAGUCAGAAACUAACUAAUUUAGUCAUUUAGCUAGUAAUUUACGACGCGAUUGCUGCUGUCUAUGUAUUGUAUUACGUAUUCAAAACAGUGAGACGAAAAGUCGAAUAACGAAGGUGCUAACUAAAAAAAAAAAAGGAAAAAAAAAAAGGAAAGAAAGAGGAAUAAAGGGGUUGAUCGCGGGCCGGAAGGAGCCAAAGAUGAAAAGGACGAAAGGGGAAAAAGGAGAUAAGGAGAUGAGGCCGCUCGUAGGGAGAAAUUUCACGGUGCCAAAGACAGAGAGUCAAAAGAAGAGAGAAAAAAAGAAAAAGACUAUAUAAUAACGAACACUUAUUAAAAGAGGCUCGAACUAGGAGGAGGAUAACAGAGUCGAUCCAAAUAAAUAACAUAUAAGAAGUAACAAAGAUUUCUUCUUCGAAGAGCCUCCCAAUUUCCCUUCGAGCGAUUCCGGCUCCGCGAUCAAGUCAGUUUAGUAUAUAAAAUUACGUAUAUAUAUAUAUGUAUAUAUAUAUAUAUAUAUAUAUAUAUACAAAAAUUAUAUAGUCGAAUCGAUUAUAAAAUAAGUUUUACAACGCGAGUUCAACCAAGUCCCACGAUGGAAGGGGGCGAAUAAUAAGGGCCGGAGAAAACUCAGUUUUGGGGAAAGUCAGGCCUAGGGUACUGAAAAAAAAAAAACUAAAACUAGAACUAGAACUAGUGAGCGAGAGAGUGAGACAGAUUGAAGAGGAACAGAAGAAACGAAAGUAGUAGUGGGGGAGGGGGAGAGGAGGGAAGAGAAAGUAAGCGAGUAGCGAGACCAUGUCCAACGAAUGUCAACGAGUUUCAAAAAAAAAAAAAAAGAAAAAGAAAAAAAACGAGCAAACGAUAAUAAAAAGAAAAAAAAAGAAUAAUAAUAAUAAUAAUAAUAAUAUUAAUAAUAAAAAGGAAAAUGGAGAAUAAUAAAGAAAGAGACGAGAACGAGAACAACACGCGUGUUCUCGCACACGUUCGCGUGAAGAGAUAAAAGUGGGGGAGAGAUAGAUGAAACUAGGAGUGAAAAAGAAGUGGAGAAAAAAAAAAGAUAAAGUGGGAGAAAAUUAAAGGGAAAGAGAAAAAAAAGGGGAACGAAAAUGAGGAAGAAGGGGAGGGGGGAGAGAAAAAAAAAGAAAGAAAAUAAAGAGGCGCGAAUAGUAUAGAAAAGAUAACAAAACGGCGGCGAGACUUUUAAUUUACGCUGUUUUGUCCAUCCGAUGUGCGCGCUCUCGAAAAUAACGCCGGUCGACAGGACCCCGGCGUAUCGUGUCCGUCUCUCGCGCGUGAUUAACGAUCCAAGGAUUUAAGGAAAAUAGUUCCAUGACGCCUGAUGCCUCUGUUAGCUUUUAUACCGGGCAACCACCAGUCCGCCCGCCUGCCGCUCCAUUUCCACUGCACGCCAGAUUUACUGCGUUAUGGACGGCCGAGGGAAGCUGCAAAUCGUUCUGUCACUGAAAGACCGACUGCGCUUGACGUUUCCUGCUCCGCCGUGUACGCUCGACCGUGUGCUUCGAGGAUCGUUCUCUCUCUCCGCGUUUCGGAGAAACUAUCCCCCCUCCCCUCCAUCCUUGCCACUCGCGAUCCUUACGUUUUGCCUGGGUUACUUCGUAUUUUCCUUUUUUCUCUCUCUCUUUCUCUAAUCUCUUUUCUUUUUAUUUAUACGUACCUUUCCUCGAAAGUAUUUCCAUUUUUUUCGUAUUAUAUCUGUCUAUGAGUUUACGAGUUUACUCGUAGGAGAGUUCGUUCGUAAGGAACGUAAGCAUGCGAUUAUAGAAUCGUGGUCGAGGGUUAAAACUAUUUUUUAGGGAGGGUAAUAUAUAUAUAUAUAUAUGUAUUUCGAGAUGUAGAUUCGUUUUAAGAUCGUAAGGGUAGAAGAGUUUUAUAGUUUCGUUACCGUUUUAAAAAGGUAUGAUGAAUUUUCCUUUCUCGAGGUCUUCUCUUUAAGGUUUUCGUAGAGAUAGAUAGAGAUUUGUGCAUUUAUCGAAGAAAUACGGGGGAUACGUUCGUCGUGGCACGAAAGGAAGUAAUACGAUUGAUAGUUGAUGUCACGAUUGAAAGUUUUGACGUUCCAGUAAAUUUUUCGAGUAAUUCGAUGAUUGAUCAGUUUCGAACCAGUUCCUUCGUUCAACUUAACACCAUUCGUCGCGAGAAGAAUAUUUUUUUAAUCUGUGAUACCUGUGGUAUUUUUGAAUAAGAAAGUAUUUUCUUGAAUUUCGAUAGAUCCUUCGUAGGUUCACGACUCGAACAGAACAUUAGAGCUAGAAAAAAAUGAUGAUUGUUGAUAAUUGGAAUAGGGAGAGACAAAGUGAAAAAAACAGAAAGAGAGAGGGGCGAGUAAUUUUUUAUAAUAAAAUGACUUGUGCAACGAAAGCUAUAUAUGUAUAUGUAUAUAUUCUUUAAAUACUGUGAUACUGAUAAUCUUUAAAUGAUAAAAAAAGAAAAAAUGAUAUUUAUUUAGCGUACCUAGUGUCGUUUGACGAUGACGAAUGAAUAAUAAUAUUUAGAUCAGUUUAGCGUUAGUAAAGAGCUUGAGAAAUGAGUUCUGUAUCAUCGUCGCUUAGCAUUGUUCUUUUUUUCUCUUUUUUUUUUUUUUAAUUUAAUUCCAUCGUCGUCGUUCUAUAUGAUACGGUGGGAACGAACGUUUAUUAGAAUUAUUUAUCACGAAGGCCAGCACGGUGUUGUAUUUUAGCAAAUAUUUUACAGACAGAUACUCGGGCAAAUAUUUAGACAAUUAGAAAUUGGUACGAAAAUGUAUACCCUGUAAUAAUAAUAACGGGAAUAAAUAAAUAGAAGCUCUUAGCGCGUGAAAUUUGUUAAGAAAACAAGUGGAAUAAUUGCGCGAUAGAACGGACGUGGUGACGGCGUGUUUUACUUCUAAUCGGGAUAUUAAUAUCGCGAAACGAAUAGUAAGCAUUUUUUAUUACACGAUUAUAUACUGAUUUAUAAUAUAUAUAUAUAUAUUUGUAAUUGGUCAAUACGAGUUUUUUGAUAAGAUUUAUUAAGUAACGACAGUGCCAAAUAUUGCAAUGAUGAGAGACGGAAUAUUAUUAAUUAAAAUUGAUAAGAAAUUGCAUUUAUUCAUUUUACGGUGUUAGUUAAAAAUCACUAACGUAUCAAAUAUAUCGUGUUCUUAGAAAUUGACAACGAAUAAAUAAAAUCUAUAUAUAUACAGUAUUCGUUAUCUCUCUACUUUUAUUAAUUCGUUACAAUAAUUUCUACGUCGAAAGAAGAUCGAUUCGUUAGCUAGAAAUAUAAUAUAAUUUCUUCUUUAACAAAUUUUCUUCCUGACAUUUUUAGUUUUUAACGCUUGAUACGUGUGAUAAUCGAGUCUACUUUAAAUAUUAACUAUUUAAAAUGUGAUUAAAACUUGUAAAACUUGUAACGUACGAUUGAAUUUUUUCAAUUACAAUUAUUGUCGUUUAAUCGAUAUUGACCGACGCCAACACACGAUAUAUAUGUAUAUAUAUUUUUUACAAACACACACACAGUCUGUAAUAACGAAAAUAUAAAUCAGUAAUAAUAUUUUAUAACAACAAUUCACUUGUGAUAUCGAAAUACCAAUUCGAAUUUUAGCUAGCUUUUAUUAAAUCGAGGAUUCUAGGUGAACGUUUGAUUUACUGUGAUAACACGAUAGAUAGUGAUCAGUGAUAGUACAAGAGAGAUUGUACAAGAAUUUUUACAAGAGUUUCAUUCUGCAACUGUGAAUGCAAUUUUCCAUUUUAAUAUCACUCACAAUGUCUAUAUUUCUUUCUAAUCUAAUUAUAAUCGCGAGAUAUAUAAUUCAAAUUCAUAUACAUGAGAAAUUUGGAUUACAGACGAAUUACUUACCCCCAACUUUAUUUACUCAAUGUCUAAUUAUAAAUCUAAUUAUAUAUCUUCUGAACCCUUUAUACCCGAGGAAAACUCGAUCGAUUAUCAAAUAUCGUAUCGCUGGAUUGUGGAUUUUUAUUUGAAUUGCAUAAAUAUUCAAUGUAAUGUACAGAAAAAAAUAUAUCACAUUAUGCAAACUAUAAUGCCCUAAAUCGUGUCUCCGUACACUUUAUCAUUUAUUUGUGUCAUCACAAAUGAAACUUUAAUUUUUUUCGUAUAAGAAGAAAUCGAAAGAGGAUAUUAAAAUCCAGUCGGAGAAAUAGAGAAAAUUGGGCCAUUAAAAUUGCUCUCUGUUUUAUUUCGAUAUUCUUAAUCGAUUGCCAAGAUAUAAAGAUUCAAAAUUUCCAUAGAGUACCAUUUUAAGAUGGUACGAAAUAAUAGAAUCCAGCGACUCGGUGACCUACAUUUUCUCGCUGGAAAUGGAAUACUAGCUUCUUCCAGGAAUCAUGUCACUUGUCUGGAAUUUGGGAUAGGUCAGUGAGACGAAAUGAGGAGACAAAGAACGAAAGCGUUGAAGCGACGAAGAUAAAUAAACGAAAAUGAAAAUUAUCCUUUUCUUUACACGAUGAUAUAUCUUCGGCAAACGAAAUUCCUAUCGGGAUAAAUCGAAAAGCAUUUUUAAAGGGCAAAGUUCCGCGCUUUUAACGGUCCUUCAUCUGUUGGCCGAAAGCCAUUAUUUUUGAAGUUAUAGCGGUUCAAAUUUUAAUAAAGUUUUAAGGUAAAUUUCGCGAUAAAUAUAUUUUUUGGAAGAAACGCUUAUAACGAUCUCGCUAACGGUAUUUUGCAGGUUCAAAAUUGGUUUAAAAAGUUCUUUUAAUCGCGUUGAAAAAAGUUGAAAUCGUUCAUUUAAUCGAUUAGAAUCCGGAUUCUUUUAAUUACUCAUAAUAAUUAAUCAAAACGAGUUUUAUAAAUAAAUCCAUAAAUUUGUAUCGUUUACGAAUUAUAAUAUGAAAUGUACAAUAUGAAAAAUACUUCUUGAAAACAUACUUUUAUGCAAAUCCACAAUCCAUGAACCUAUAUAUAUAAAAGCGGAAAAACGAUUUUAUCGGGUUUAACGAUUAAAAAAGAAAAAAAAAAAGAAUUAUAAUUUUUCCAAAUUUACCCGAAGAUGAUUCUUACCAAUUUCUUUGCAAGCUCACACCAAAGUCAAAGGGUUAAUUAUUACACCGGUGUUUUAAAAAAAAGAAAAAAAAAUCCUUUCGUAAUAUUUAAGUGCACGAGAAAGAGGGGUCGAAACUCGAUCACGAUGCGUUUCUAUCCCCAUGAUGAAUCGAUAACGAAAGAUAGUCCUUUGACCGGGAUGGAAAUCAAAGGGCGAAAGUCGACAACUCCGCACUCUUCCAAUUUGCCAAAUCACAGAGUUAAAAUCGCCAACGGGGGAGGGGGGUGGCUCUUCUACGAGCUCUCGUCACCGCGCGACAUCCGAAAAUUCCGAAAGCGCGAUUUUUCCUUCUUUUUUUUUUCCUUUUUUUUUUUUUUCUGCCCAGGUCCUCCACUCGACCCAGAAAACAAAAACCCGCAAAGAUUCUUCCGAUAACUUCUCUGUGACGAUGCUGUAAAACCUUCGUAUUUUUCCCCGGGAGGGGGAGGGGAAAAAAGAUUUCCUCGAAAAUCGUGUGUGUGUGCGUGUGUGUGUGUGUGUCUGUCCGGUAAAGCAUGGACGGGGAAAAACAGAUGUUACGAGAAGAGAAGUGAGUCAUGCGUUGUCACGUUUUUCAGGCGUGGAAACUUCCGGUUACGCUCUUAUGCUUGAAAUUCGCUACGCUGCUACGUUUUCAUACGAUUUUAUAGAGACCGUUUCUAAUUUCAGUUUUUCAGCUUCGUUGAGUUUCUGAUAAAGAGAAAUAGAUAGCGGAUAUGGAUAUUAAUCGAAGCGUUGGAUAUCGAGAAAAGUUUACAAAGAGGAUAGCGUUCACAUUUUUGUGCAUAUAUAUUUUGUUUUAGGUGCAAGUUUAGAUGAGGAUAUCUUUUUCGAAUAUUAUUUUACACGUCAUUAACAUUAGGAUUAGGAAAAAUUUUAGUCGAAAGUACGAGAGAAGGAUGAUUAUGAUUAAUAUAAUUUGGUACAAUAUUAUAAUGAGAUAUAAUAAUAGAAUGAUAAUAAAAAGUGGACGUGUAAGGGUUUUACGUCACGUGGUAUUAUAGAGAAUUGGAAGUAUUAGUUAUAGGAGAAUGUAUUCUAUACGUUUCUUUAUUUGAUUAGCAAAUUUGGCGGAAUAUUUUAAAGAUUGAAAUUACACGAACGUUUGAAAUAAUAAUAUUAUUUUACCGAUCGAUAGAUAGAAAAGUCUCUAAUUCAGAAUCUGUCAUCGUAUAUAACUGGACACGCAGGACUUCAAUGCACCGAUUUGCAACAAAGAAAAGAGAGAGGUAGCUGCAUUGUGUUCUUGAAAAAAACAAAAAAAAAGAAAAAGAAAAAAAAGAAAAAAAAAAAGAUCACGAAUCGAAGGAUUGAUACUGCGUCGAGCCAAAAAUUUCCACGAAUAGGAGUAAAAACAAGCACUCGACACACACCGUUUGUGAAAUGCCAUCAAUCUUUCGCCGACAGUGCUAUAUCCAACCGAAUGUCUCGGUGAUUCGAGUGAUUCCCCAUACCAAAAGAGAAUCGUGAAUAUCCAUCGUCGCGAUAGACCAACUUCAUAAUUCAUAUCUUCCUAACUUUCAUUCCAUUAAUAUUAAAUCGAUACACGAAAUUUUCAUUCGUUUAUUCCCGCGAGAGAAAAAUCUUCCCUCCAGAAAUCCUCAGAUUUUUCGCUAUUCACGAUAAAAACUAUCAAUUAUCGACAAAUUAAACAAACCCUCUUUCCACUUUUACCCUUCAAUUUCCAUCUUUCCUCAAAUGAAGAGAUCUUCAUCAUCACUACUCAAAAUAAAAAAUUUUGAAAAACAAAAUUUACACAUCCACCUUAAACUCCCUUCCUUCAACUCUUCAAUCAUUCACACAUCCCUCCUUCCACAAAUUCCAUUCCUCGUCACGAUCUUCCUUUCCUCAUCAACUCGAAAAGAAACGAAAGACCACCAACCCCGCAAGAGACAAAAUUUACUUCCUCCUCCUACUCGAACCUACUCUCAGAUCGUCGCAGAUCACCCCUGUUUCCAAUCCUUUCGAGCGAUUCUACACCGAAGCAGGGUCGCGUCGAGCGAGGUCGCGUCGAUAUCGUGAAAUAAUGCAUCGGGUCCUCGUUUUAAGUUCGGCCCAACUUACGAUUCCUCGAAUCAAUUAAUCGUGACGUGCACACGUGUGCACUCUCUCCCUCCCUCUCUCUCUCUGCCAUCAUCCGUGUGCAUGUGCAGAGAGAGAGAGGAGAGGGGAAUAGAACGGGGGAGAAGUCGAGUAGUACGAAACGCAGAGUGCGGCGGCGGUGGAAAGAGGGAAAGAGCGCGAUAGAUGGAGCGUGUGACUCCGCAUCACGUUAGCUCGCGUGAUAGCCAGCCGUCUUUCAAUCGAAGUCGGUAAAACGUACCUCCGAAAUGUGCACGGCAUAAUAUAUUCAACGCGAUUGUGUGUCCCGGCACACAAAGGGAUCGCGGGCAGAAACGGAAUGGAGCGCACACUGGGUUUUCCAGGGGCGAGCCACGGCCUCGGCACGGUUCUCGAGCGCUUCUCGAGGAGGGGGGGAGGGUGGGUGGGAUAGGGAUUGAAGCAAGCUGAUUUUUCCGUCACACGUCCACCAACGAAUAUAUCCGCGUGAUAUUUUUUUAUAGUUUACCCUACGAGUGAUAUUUAUAUUUACGGAUAUAUUAUAUAUAUAUAUAUAUACGCGAUCCGUCUGUUUCAUGGCCUAUAUACGGGGAAGGGGGAGAGCGAACUCGCGGUGACGGGGGAGAGGAAGGGGGUGGAGAAUGGAGAGGAACCACCGCUCGAGAACCGUGGAAUUGAAGGAUAAAGAAUUUUGGAAUUGUUUGGAGGUUAUUUGGAAAUUGAUAUAUAAAAGUGUUUCGUUUUAUCUUUUCUUUGGGGAAUAAUUGGACUUAACUUGGAAAUUUUGGAUUCUUGUUUAGUAUGGAAAUAAGAGGAUACGAGAAUAAAUAAGUAAAGUGUGAGUUUUUGUUUGUUCAAUCUAGUUUAAUUCGAUAUCUCGGAUAUCAUUAUUAUCAGAGAUUAAUAAUAAGAAAUCGAUUGAAAAUUAAUCUUGAACUUUAAUUGCACCGAUUGAAAGGGUUGUUGAGUUUGUAUAAAGUUGGGUAAACGGAACUUUUCGAGAGAAAGCCAUGUUUUUAAUAUUUGAACAUUAAUUAAUUAUAUUCUUAGAAUUUUAAGUUUCUCUUUUAAAAUUGUUCGAAAAAAAAAUUGAUGAUUCCUCUUAUUUUAAAAAUUUGAAUUUUUCUUCUACUAUUUUCUUCUCACGCGCAAUACACGAACAAUCACGUAACAUCGGGAAAUCGUUUUUCACAGUUCGAUUUUUUGAAAAUCCACGCGGUACGGUGUUACGUGAAUUAAAAUAUUUAUUUAUUCAGAAAGGCUUAAUACCUGUUCACUGUCACACAUUACGGCAUUCUGGCGAGCCGUGGAGCGAGCGAACGCAUUAAUGUUUGUGUCGCAUUAAGUAGCGGUGUCGAUAAUUAACAUGCUCGCUGCGAUGCACACCAUUGAUGAUGCAUUAUUGGCUUUUCGUGUACACAUAGCCUCCUGUCAGUACACCGUACCGUGUGUGACGUUCCAUGCGCGCACACUUCUUCUUACGAUCGAGAUUUUUUUCCCCCGAUAAAAAUUUGUACUUCGAGAAAACAUUCGAAUCGAAAACUAAACGCCGAUUAACUUCAUCGGAUUGAAAAAUAAACAGAGUAAAAAAAAGAUUUACAAUCACUCGUGCUUGCCAUAAAUUUAAGAAAGUAUCGCGCUUUUUCGAUCUACGUAGAUCAGAGAAUUACUUUUUCUUCAUAAUAUAUAAAUAUUUCUUUAAAUUAAAUUUAAGUUUUCUCAUGCCUUCGAUACGAUAAUGGAUAGAAAUUGAUAGAAACAUUUCGUUCCAAUCUCGAGAUAAUAAAACGCAAGUAAUUCUGAUGCGAAGGUAUUCGAAAUUCCAGGCGAUCAUGGCGGGCGGAUAGAUGAUCGAUUUAACGAAAGAAAAAAAUAACUCUAACUCUUUAUUAUAUCUGGAAAAAAAGCAGGAACCAUGGCCAGGCGUUAUGGAAUGGAUUGGGCAUUUUAAACCACGUUUAAAAAUUAUAGCUACCUAUGCAACACCAAGUAAUAUAUAUAUAUAUAUAUACAAGUAUAUAUAUAUAUACAAAUUCUAAUAUAUAUAUAUAAAUAUAUAUGACGAUGAUAAUAUUAUAUAUAUAUAAAUAUAUAUUUAAUGAAUGUUCCUAUAUUUAUACUAUAAGUACAUACUAAGUGUAUUAUAUUGAUAUUCGAUGGCGAUUUCAGGUUUUUACCAAGCAACAAGAAAAAAAAAAAUAUUAAAUGUCUGUUUAGAUAGUAGCCGUACUAUCGGAUUAAUUUAAACGAAUCGGAAGAGAGUGAGAAAACGAGGAAAGGGAGAUAGGUAGAGAGAGAGAGAGGGAAAGAGAGGGAAAAGAGGGGGUUGAAUACACGAAUAAGCAAGGGAUACGAUGAAAACGAUAGAGAAACGUUUAGUACUAACGUGUGUGUGAAUUUUGAAUUGAAAAAAAAAAAGGAAAAAUUUUGACAAUUUGUAAAACGAUCGUGUAAACAUUGAAAGGAAAAAACGGAGGAUAGUUUGGAGGAGGAAUGAUUGGAGCUGGUUUGUGUGCGUUGGUGACGAGGCGAGGGUCUUCCUAUAAUGACUGAACGAUCAGAUGUGAUAUAUGCAUAAGGAUUAAUUAAUAAUUAUUUACUCCAAUCGUAUAUAUAUAUAUAUUAUAUAUAUAUGUAAUUAAUAUUAUUAAUAUGGUUAUGAUAUACAAACAUUAUAUCUAUAUAUUGUGUAUAGGUAGAUAGGAACAUAUACAAUGUUUUUAACUGGUUUAUCUAUGUUCCGAGGAUAUACGCUAAGUGUAUUUAGAUAGAAUGUUAUAAGAAGGUCUCUCGCCGUUAAUGUUUAAUCGAUAGAGACCACGCAAGUGAUUAAAUACGCGAUGAACGGGUCCUCGAAACGAAAAUACCCGUGAAUUAUUUAUUAUCGUUUCCUGGCUUCGGUUUCAGUUUCGACGGUGACGGAAAAACGAUUCGAGCUCGUUUAAAAGAUGCGUUUGAAAGAAGAAAUCCAUUUCAACGAUCGAAUUUUUAAAAUCAUCGAGCAGAGAGAGAAUUAAAAAUUGGAAUUUUUUUUUUUAAAUCUCUCGUCCGUUCAUUUCUUGAAGAGAAAAUUUCGAUCGACGUUUACGAAGGGAAAAAAAAUCGGGCCGAUUCGUGAUGGGGACCUGUUACUCGCGAAAGCACGGCGAACCGUGCCGGUUCAAUAUAGGGAGAAGAAAGAAAGAGAAACAAUUGGGGAGUGUUUCGAGUUUAUGCGUUCCGUGCAAUAACAGUUUGCUCAAUCCUCGGUGUCCGUCGGUCCGUCCGUACGGAACGACUACUCGUAGGUUUAAAACGAAGCAUACAUUACACGACACAGAUUACAACGACACCACACAGAGGUACACACGCACACACACACAUAUAUAUAUAUGGUACACACACGUGCACUCUCUCUCCCGAUACAAACACUACACACAUAUAUAUAUAUAUAUAUAUAUAUUACGCGCGCGCGUAAUUCGUGUAUAGAGAACAGCAGAAGUAUAGUAUCUAUAGCUCGGACUCGUUAACGUAUAGUCAGACAAUUUUUCGAAACGUAAUAGCCGGAAACGGAAACUUUAAUCUUCUAUUUCAAACCUUCCUUCGAGCCUCUCGAUGUCUUUUCGGUGUCUAUUCUAAAGAGAUUUAAGAGAAAAAAAAAUAGUACAUAUAAAAAUAUAUAUAAAUAUAAAUUAUAUAUAUAUAUAUAUAUAGAUAUAAAUAUGAUAUAAAUAUAAAAAUAUGACAAAGGAAAAAAAAAUGCGUUAUGCGAACGAUUUCAGCGUUUAGCUUCGUCUGUGUAAUAGUACGUACGAUGUCUCGAGAAAAAAAACAAUGUCAGAUACAAGAAACGCCAAAAAAAAAAAACAAAAAAAAGAUGGAAUAUAGAAAAAGAUACUUUGGAACCCGUUCACACGGCGUGGUUGCAAAAUGUAACACAUCCACGUCCCGAAAAGACGUGUGCGCAUGCGCGAGCUUGCACUCUUCCGGUUUCGCCAUAAACCGGUUAGAAAAGAUCCUUCGUUGGAUCGGAAACGAUCGUCUACGUUACCGAUCGUCGGUCAACGAUAAAACCGGAGAAAGGUGCAGCGCGCAUGCGCGCGCGACGGUUCCCGCGCUAUUUCGGCAAAAUUAAUCGUAGAUGUAUAUUUCGAAAAAAAAAAAAAACCUUUUUCCUAAUCUUCUUCGCUCGUUAUCCUAGCAAUAAUGAACGACUAUCGCUGCCUCGUCCUCGGUAGCAACGAUUCACCUCGCUGCUUCGAGCCAUUUGUAAUCCGUGGCACGAAUAUCUGUCGCUUUAUCGUGUAAUUUUGCUGAAAUAGAGAUCGUCCCAUAGCUCGCUGCUACUAUCCCGGAUAGAGAACGAAGAUAAAAGAGAACAGAGGCGCGAAAGCGUUGUGAGAGAGUUAUUCGAAAAUUAGGGGAAAUAAUGAUAAAUUGAAAAGGAAAGAAAUCAUUUUCACCGUGUGAAUAUUCACUUGGGUAAACCCACCGAAAUUUUCUCGCCUCUGUCCCCUAACCUAUGAAAUACCCCCAAAGCUAAACCCCCUCGACGAAACCCACCACCAUUCCCACCAAUGUAUCGAAGCUUUAACGAAUGUCGAUUUUGCAAUCAUACUUAAGCCGAUGUUUGCGAGGAUGUUUAAAGUAUAUGCGAGUCGAUUUAAAAGAAUUGAAGGAGAAGAAAAGAAAAAAAAGAAAAAAAAAAAUGGAACGAACACACACAUUUACAACACACAACACAUUUCGUGGCCGUACUGUCGUAAUUGUUUGUCGUACCUACUGUUAGAUAUUAACGAUGAUUGUAACUUAUUAAUAAUAUUAGCGUAAUUUGAACGAAUUGAGGGGGCGGCCGUGCGCCACGGCCACUCCGGAGGAAUUGUAAUUGGACGGUGCGUGGCGCACGUGGCCACGCCGCCCCCCGCACGUGGAUGUUAGAGAUAUUUUUCAACUUGUACUAAAUGUGAUAAACCGAUGAAUUGACAAUGAGCAAUCUAACUGUAAUAUAUAUAUAAACAUUAUAUUAUAUAUAUUAUAUAUAUAUAUAUAUAUAUAAAUAUUAUAUAUAUAUAUUAUAAAUACGUGUAUGUCGUACAAGCCGUGAAAUAGGUUUUACCGUAACUAGUUACGUGUUAGCUUAAAAUUAAUUGAUUGUACACAGUUGUCGAGCGAACAAACGACGUUUGUAGCGUCGUACGUUUCUUUUGUCUGUGCGUACGAGCGAAAGGCUUAAGCAAAAGAGUUAAUGAAAGAAAAAGAAAAAAAAAGAAAGAAAGAAAAAAAAAAGAAAAACGCGCGCAAAAAGAAAGAAAAAAAAAAGAAACGAGAAGAUAAGAAAAAGAAAGGAGGGAUAAUCGAGUGAGAGGAAGAUAAAAAAAAAAAGAAAGAAAAGAGGGGGAAUUGUGGUGAUGACACGAUAUCGCACGCCGUCUCGAAAUCUGUCCACGACGAAUUUUUUUCCACUGACGCCGGGCGCUGUUCUCCUGUGUGCUAAGCUCCGUGUCGAGAUGCGUGUGCUACGCUCAAUUCUCGGUUAAUCGAAUUAUUAAUUAAUUAAUCAAUUAGUUAAGGAAUUGGCCGGAACGGGCUGAACGAAUUUGCAUCCGUCCUUUGGUACAUCGUCGACGCUUAAAUCUUUCUCUUCGUUUCUUUCUUUAUAUCCCAACUUUUCAUUCGAUUAAGAAGUUUUCGAUCGAAUUUAUAUCUGCAUGCGCGGAUACAUAGUUUGGUAAAUUACGUUUUGAAUUACGAGUAAAUUUGUACGAACUAGUAAAUUAACGAACGAACGGUUGGUAUUGAUGCAAUAUCUAUGCUUUCUAACAUUUCUCGAACAUUUCGCAGAAAAAGAUAUUAAUCGAUAUACUUUUUUUUAUUACGCGAGUUUCAACACAUCUCUUCGAAAUUAACAUUUUUCGAACGAUCGAUACUGAAAAAGCAGAGAUAUUAAGAGAGAGAGAGAGAGA